GGAAGAAGUUCAGUGAUGACGACAUUUACACUUGUGAGGGCAUGAGUGACUUUUGCCAAGAGGCUUAACACUUUAAUAGCUGUAAAAUUGCUGUGUAGCUCCUAAAACCCAUCGGCUGCUUGUUUGCUGAGUCCAUUCUGUGCCUGAAUGCCACUGUGAACUAUUAUUGGGAUGGUGACGCCCUAACACUUGAAGCUGGGAUGCCACAUCCCCCUUCUCUUCCAAGUCUCUGGGCUCAUUCUGAGAGAUGACACCCCGGGCAGGAAGCACAAUGACGGGCAGCAUCGAAGGACUGGAGAGGUUUGACAGCCCGGGGAAGGGACGAGGGCUCCGGGUAACCAGACCAUUUAAAGUUGGAGAGCUCCUGUUUUCCUGCCCUGCCUUCUCCCACGUGCUGUCAGUGAAAGAGAGAGGCUGCUACUGCGAGUUCUGCUUCACCAGGACACAGCAUUUGGCAAGAUGUGGGAAGUGCAAGAAAGCCUUCUACUGCAACGUGAAAUGUCAGAAAGGAGACUGGGCCAUGCACAAGCUGGAGUGUUCAGCAAUGGUUGCUUUUGGAGAGAACUGGUGCCCGUCAGAGUUAUCCAGGCUGGUGGCGCGAAUCCUUGCAAAGAAGAAAAUGCAGAAAGAACGAUGCAUUUGUGAGAAGAUGUUGCUCAUAGGAGAGAUGCAAUCACACACAGAGGACGAAGAUAAUGAGAAAAGAGAGAUGACCGAGGCAGACAUUGCCGGAUUGCAUCGCUUUUACUCCAAACAUUUGGAUGUGCCGGACCACAAAGAACUACUCACACUCUUCUCCCAGGUUGCCUGCAAUGGUUUCACUAUAGAGGAUGAUGAACUUUCCCACUUGGGUACUGCAGUCUAUCCAGACAUGGCCCUGAUAAACCACAGCUGCCUUCCCAGCGUCAUAGUCACGUUCAAAGGGACAUCGGCUGAAGUUCGGGCGGUGCAGGACAUGAAACCUGGAGAUGAAGUGCUUAUCAGCUACAUAGACCUCCUCUACCCAACAGAUGACCGCAAUAACAGGCUGAGAGAGUCCUAUUACUUUAUCUGUGACUGCCAGGAAUGCAAAAGCCAGUCAAAGGACAAGGCAAAGUUAAAAGUACGUAAGCAGAGGGAUUCCAUUGAGCCAGAUGUCAUCAACAACAUGGUUCGCUACGCCCGGAAAGCUAUCAGAGAGUUCCGGGAAUUCAAACACACAAAGACCCCUAGUGAGUUGCUGGAGAUGUGCGAGCAGAGUCUGGAGGAAAUGGGAGCCGUGUUUGAUGACUCCAAUGUGUACAUGCUCCACAUGAUGUACCAAGCCAUGGGGAUUUGCAUGUACAUGCAAGAUCUAGAUGGAGCUAUCAGAUAUGGCGAGAAGCUUCUCAAACCUUACAGCCAUCUCUAUCCACCUUACUCCCUUAACGUGUCGUCCGUCUACCUGAAACUGGGCCGAUUGUACUUGGGCCUAGAGAGGCAAUCAGCAUGCACCAGCGCUCUAAAAAAGGCAAUGGCUAUAAUGGAGGUGGCUCAUGGGAAGGAUCACUUUUACAUUGAAGAGCUGCGUAAAAUGAUAGCACAAAAAUAAAGAGAACAAGAGAGAAAUACCAAGACUGAUCCAUAUGGACUGCAUACACUUUCCAAACUCUGUCUUAUCCAAAUAAUUUAUCUUGGUUUUUCAGGAGUAUGUCUUCACAGUUAUUUAUCCUGUAUCUACCUAUCAGUUAGACGCAGGAUACUUUUGCAACAAGCAUUUAUUAUGGAAUUUGCAUGAAAAUGUGACUUUGUGGAAGGUGUUUUUUUUUUAAUCAAGUAAAUAACUUUGAUUUGGCUUGAGACUACAGCUGUACUUUGUAAUCCAAGAGUUGAGUUGUUUAUGGAGGUACGCAAAUAGGAGGAUCAAUGCGUCAUCCAAUCAGGAGAGCUGCAUCACCAUAUGGGGCCUGUUAAAUAAAAUGAAUGUGUCCCAGUGAUGGCGGAUGCUUCAUAUAACUCCUUCAUCUGAUGUUGAUGUUUCACUGUGAUCUCGAUGCUGCACUUUUAAAGAAAAUAAGGCUUUAUUGCAUAAUGAGCAAGUACAACAGCUUCAAACAUGUCUGGGGAGAGAAAACUGAAAAAUGCAUAUACAAAACAUAUGUACACAUAUUGAAAUGUAUUUAGAAGUUCUGCCAAAAAAAUUAAAAAAAAGAAAACUUGAGGGGAAAAAUUAAAUAUUAACAAACAGAGGAAUGCUGUGUGAGAAAAUACUGUCAAAGAGAACAGGAGUGCAAUAAAACACUUAAAUGUCAA